AUGGCCCUUCUGCCCAAGGUGAAAUUCAUAGUUAGCCCAGAGCACCCUCAGAGCUCUACUGGAGCCAUGGGUGAUGCUGGCUUGCAGAUUGGUGAGCCUGAGCUACAGCCUCAGACCAUUCGGCAGACUCUUCAAAAGACCCUGCAGCAUUUUGAGCAUCAAGUUAUAGGUUACAGAGAUGCAGAGAAGAAUUUUCACAAUAUAUCAAACAGAUGCUCCUAUACAGACUGCUCUGGCAGUGAAGAAACUGAGGAUGUCUCAGGAAUUCUCCAGUGUACAGCUAAUGUACUUGGUCUGAAGUUUGAGGAAAUGCAAGAAAAAUUUGGGGAGGAAUUCUUCAAUAUCUGCUUUGACGAGAAUGAAAGAGUUCUUCGAGCUGUAGGUGGGACCCUUCAAGACUUCUUCAAUGGCUUUGAUGCUUUGCUGGAGCAUAUUAGAACUUCAUUUGGAAGACAGGCCACCCUGGAAUCUCCUUCUUUCCUAUGCAAAGAACUCCCUGAAGGCAAUCUCAUGCUUCAUUAUUUUCACCCACAUCAGAUUGUGGGAUUUGCAAUGACAGGAAUGAUAAAAGCAGCAGCAAAGAAGAUUUACCGCUUGGAAGUAGAAGUAGAGCAGGUCACAAAUGAUAAGUUGUGUUCAGAGGGGACAAACCCAGGUAACUGCAGUUGUUUGACUUUCCUUAUCAAAGAACAUGAAAAUGCAAAUACCACAAAAGCACUUCCACCAGGAACUUCCCAGUCCCCCUUAGACCUGAGGAUUAGUAUCAGCACCUUCUGCAGAGCUUUCCCCUUUCACCUGAUGUUUGAUCCAAACAUGCUGGUUCUCCAGCUUGGAGAAGGUCUUAGGAAGCAGCUCAGAUGUGACACUCAUAAAACCCUGAAAUUCCAAGACUGCUUUGACAUAGUCUCUCCUAAAAUCAGUGCCACAUUUGAACGAGUUCUCCUGAGGUUAUCUACACCCUUUGUCAUUCGGACCAAACUUGAGGAUUCUGACUCUGAAAGUAAAGAUAAGGUGAUGGAGAUUAAGGGACAAAUGAUUCAUGUGCCAGAAUCAAACUCGAUACUGUUCCUGGGCUCCCCCUGUGUGGACAAGCUGGAUGAGCUGAUGGGCCGGGGUCUCCAUCUUUCAGACAUUCCUAUCCAUGAUGCUACUCGUGAUGUCAUAUUGGUUGGGGAGCAAGCAAAGGCACAGGAUGGCUUGAAAAAACGAAUGGAUAAGCUGAAGGCAACGCUAGAAUGUACACACCAAGCCCUGGAAGAGGAGAAGAAGAAGACAGUAGAUCUCCUUAUUUCUAUUUUCCCUGAAGAGGUGGCUCAGCAGCUGUGGCAGGGGCAGCAGGUGCAGGCCAGGAAGUUUGACGAUGUCACCAUGCUCUUCUCGGACAUUGUUGGCUUCACUGCCAUCUGUGCUCAGUGCACGCCCAUGCAGGUCAUCAGCAUGCUCAACGAGCUCUACACCCGCUUCGACCACCAGUGUGGAUUCCUCGACAUCUACAAGGUGGAAACGAUAGGUGAUGCGUACUGCGUUGCAGCAGGGCUCCAUAAGAAAAGCCUUAGCCAUGCCAAAGCCAUUGCCCUGAUGGCACUGAAGAUGAUGGAGCUUUCAGAAGAGGUUCUUACUCCUGAUGGAAGCCCUAUUAAGAUGAGGAUAGGCAUUCACUCAGGUUCAGUGCUGGCUGGUGUUGUUGGAGUGAGAAUGCCACGCUAUUGUCUCUUUGGGAACAACGUCACCCUCGCAAGCAAGUUCGAGUCAGGAAGUCACCCACGCCGCAUCAAUGUCAGCCCCACCACAUACCAGCUUUUGAAAAAGGAAGAAAAUUUUGUUUUUAUCCCUCGUUCCCGUGAAGAGCUUCCAGAAAACUUUCCGAAGGAAAUACCUGGGAUCUGUUACUUCCUGGAGGUCAGGAGUGGUCAGAAGCCGCCCAAACCUUCCAUCACAUCUGCCAGAGUGAGAAAGGUGUCCUACAACAUUGGCACCAUGUUCCUCCGGGAGACCAGCCUAUGAGCCUGCUGCAGAUCAAAGACUCGUCUAAAAAGCACAAGCCCAGAACUGGGUCAUGGCAGGGGAGUUGGAGGUUCUUGGUGUUGCACUGCCUUCUUCUCAACAGGCAGUAAAAUGUAAUGUCAGGCAAUAAUCAUUUCAAAAAGGUGGGUAACUGCUGUCAGUAAACAAAGUGGAGGUAGGGAAAAAGUAUUAAACACUGUAUUUCCACUUCCAGAGGAAUUGCUUUCAUAAACUUCAGUCUGGCCCCUCUAUGGCAAACAAAACAACAAAACAAAACCCCAACGCUCAGAUUGGAGGUUGGUCUUGUUUUGUGCAGAAAGGAUGAUGGUUCUCUGUGGAUUUGCACCAGCUAAGCAGAAUUGAGAGUCAGUUCUGAUUAUGCAUUCCUGUAUUUAA